AUAAGUCAUUAGUCUGCACUUGAAAAAAAGAGGAUAUAUGUCAUAGGCAUAUAUAAGAUUAUUUUCAGUAGUCCCACAAUCAGAUCAAAUAUUUGUCUAACUAUGGUUGUUUUUCCAUCUUUAUCCUCUCUCACAUACCUUGUUUUUCUUCUAUUGAUAAUCCCCUUUGUCACUUCAUUGUCCUUCAAUUUUGAUGGUUUUAAUCCUAAUGAUCAGAAUGUAACUUAUGAGGGAGAUGCUUAUCCAGCAAAUGGGGUAAUUCAGCUCACCAAAAACCAGCGCGAUAGUGGUUCAAAUGAUAGCAUAGGCCGAGCCACAUAUUCCAAAACUCUCCAUCUUUGGGAUAGGGCCUCGGGGAAUGUCACAGAUUUUGAUACACACUUCUCCUUCAGCAUCAAUUCACAGGGCAGAAAAUUUUAUGCUGAUGGUCUUGCCUUCUUCCUCUCCCCUGCAGGUUCAAGAAUUCUUAAUAAGUCAUCCGUAGGAGGCCGCCUUGGCCUUACAAUUGAUGGUCAGCAACUGAAUACAUCGAGAAAUCAUUUUGUUGCUGUUGAGUUUGAUACCUUUAAGAACUGGUAUGAUCCACCAGGUGAUCAUGUAGGUGUUGAUAUCAACUCUAUGCAAUCUGUUGUAAACGUGACUUGGUCUAGUAGCAUUCCUGAUGGUAGGACAACUGAUGCCUGGAUUAGCUAUAAUUCAACCUCAAAAAAUCUUAGUGUUGUCUUCACUGGUUUCAGACUCCAAGGGAAUACCACUGUCAAUGUCCGGCAGAGGCUAUCUUACAAUCUUGAUCUGAGGGAAUAUUUGCCAGAAUGGGUCACAUUUGGCUUCACAGGUGCAACUGGAGACCUUUUUGCAUUACAAAGCAUAUAUUCUUGGAAUUUUACUUCUUCUUUAGAACAUAAUGACAACAUAACAGAUCCAGAUAUAACCUUACCAAACCCCAAGCCAGAGCAUGCUCCAAAAAAAAAUAAGAAAAAAAAUAAGUUGGGACUUGUGAUUGGAGUAGUUUCUGGCAGUUGUGUUUUGGUUGCUGUAUCCGUCUUGAUGUUGUUUGCAUUUUGGAGAAAGAGGAAUGUGAGAGAAGAUGAAGAUGAUGAUAUAAUUGAUGGUUCCAUGACAAAUGAAUUUGAAAGAAGCACAGGACCAAAGAAGUUCUUGUACAAUGAGUUGGCUAGAUAUACAAAUAACUUUUCACGGGAAGAGAUGCUUGGGCAGGGUGGGUUUGGAGGUGUUUAUAAAGGAUAUAUAAGGGAAUUGAACGCCUAUGUUGCCGUUAAGAGGGUUUCAAGGGAGUCAAAGCAAGGUAUAAAAGAGUAUGCAUCAGAAGUGAGGAUCAUCAGCCGGUUAAGACAUAAACAUUUGGUGCAACUCAUUGGUUGGUGCCAUGAGAAAAGAGAGCUUCUACUUGUCUAUGAUUUUAUGCCUAAUGGAAGCUUAGAUUACCAUCUUUUCAAGGGAAAAAGCCAUUUAACAUGGCCAAUAAGAUUCAAGAUUGCUCAAGGCUUGGCCUCAGCGUUGCUAUAUUUACAUGAAGAAUGGGAACAAUGUGUGGUACAUAGGGACAUAAAGUCAAGCAAUAUUAUGUUAGAUUCCAACUUCAAUGCCAAACUUGGGGAUUUUGGUUUAGCUAGGCUAGUUGACCAUGAUAAGGGAUCCCAAACAACAGUUUUGGCAGGCACGAUGGGUUACAUGGCUCCUGAAUGUGUCACCACCGGCAAAGCGAACAAGGAAACAGAUGUCUAUAGCUUUGGCAUUGUCGCAUUAGAAAUAGCUUGUGGAAGGAAACCUAUUGAUCCUAAAGCUGAGGAGCGUCAAGUUAACAUUGUUGAUUGGGUUUGGAGACUUUACGGGAUGGGAAAUCUUCAUGAAGCAGUUGAUCCUAAACUCUCAUCAGAUUUCAAUGAACAGGAGAUGGAGCAUUUGCUGAUUGUUGGCUUAUGGUGUGCUCAUCCAGAUAACAAUUGCAGGCCUUCUAUUAGGCAAGUAAUUCAUGUGCUUACUUUUGAAGCUCCAUUGCCCACCCUUCCUCCCAACAUGCCUGUUCCAACAUAUUGCAGUCCAUCACAAUAUGGAUUAACUACUACAUUUGCAUCACCAUAUGUUUCCAAUGGUCCUCGGAUUUCUGAAAUACACUAUUCAGAGACGAGAGACUACACUGAUUCUUCAAAUAACACAGCAGCUUCUGCAGCAUCUUCACCUUCUACAUCCCUUCUGCACACACGUUGAGAUUGGUAUAUAAAGAAACUGGUCUUUAUUCCCUGCAUUCAACUUUCAAUAGCAGUGUCCAACUUUUGCUCCUCGUAUUCUAUAUUGUUUCUACUCUUAGGAAGAAGAUUGAAUGAAUCAACAUUAUUAUUCAAAGUUUACAUUAAAUAGUGAAAAUACUCUGUUCUUAAAUACAUGUCUCUCGAGCGAUCACUGAUAUAUUCGAGCUUGGAUUAGAAGUUGAACUUAAGAGAAAAAAAGAAUCUUUAAAUGAGCUUGUACUAAAGAUACUUUUCAGCAAAAUGUUGAUAAAUAUGGACAUUAGCUUAAAUGUAGUCUGAACAGGGCAACAAAUCUGAUUUAUGCAUUUGUGUCCUGUAUCAUUUGUUUCCUCGUAAGUAGAAUCUCUAGCUGGAAAAGACUCUGAAUGUUCUCAGGCAAAGGCUGAUUGAACUCAUUAAGACUGAGAUAUCUCCAUCCAAUUUAAAUUAGUUUUAGAUUAACGUUAGUUUGCUCCGAGUAAAAUUGGACAGUUUUAGUAGUAAAUCGAAUUCAUUUUGCUUCAAUAUAGAUUUAAUCUUUACCUGCCCCAAAAAGUUGAAAAUUUUUCUCGUUUACUAAUAGUAACUUGAUCUAUCCAAACUAUAAAACUCAAAAAUUUUCAAAAUGUCCAAUUAGUUUGUUCAAUAUCAAAGGAAAUGGUGAAAUUGGAUUAAGAGGGAACUAUGGCGUACUCAUAAUACAUUUUCUUAGGGAACAAACAUGGAGGAGGGUGGUCUUGGCGGAUUGAUGUUUGAGGGUUGGAAGUGAAGAGCGAGGAGGAGAAAAUCAUUCAAGAGACAUGUCCAUAGAAGCAGAGAAAUUUCACUGUUUUGUGGAAAUUUUGAAGUACAGUAAAUGCCGAUCCACUCAAUCCUCAUCAAUAGGAGAGAA